AUGCCUCUCAAAAUUAAUUAUGGACCCAUCGUAGCCCUCGGCCGAGCCAAAGCUCAAAUACGGGCAAGGCUAGCCAAAAUGGAUGGACAAAAGCUGGAGGCUCACACAGUAUUGCCUGCAAAGUAUGCCUGUGGGCCACACGGACUCGGCGAUCCAGCCGACAGAAGCCUACGCAGGGUUGAAAAGGAAGUGAUGAUCCCAAUGAAAUUACGUGAUAGAGCCAAAGCUGAGAAAUGCAUCCCCCAAGUCCAGGAUUUCACCAAGUGCUGCAAGGAUGCUGGCAUAGCCAUGGUGCUCAAGUGUCGCAAAGAGAAUGCUGCUCUCAAAGAAUGCCUGACCCAAUGGUAUCGAGACCCCGAAUUCAUUGCAGAAUGCACCAAUCAAUACCUCGAGGAACGGAGUGAAUACCGACGCACUGGGAUCCCUUUGAGGGAGCAAAAGCGGAAGGAAACCACUUCUUUUUGA